CCGAGAAUUGAAUCGUAGUCUAGCUAUGGACAACAGUGGGCGCGAUCCACAGGCGGGGAGGAGAUUGUCAACCAGUGAGAAGAGCAUGGUUGCCAGUGCUGUCCUCGUUGUGUGCCGGUUCAUGGAGACGGUGAACGGGUUGCGGCGUGCGGGUGGGAGGGGAAGGGGGAGGAGGGAGGCCGCCAUAGCCCAGGCGUUGGCAGACGUCUGUGCAUCGUCCGGUCUAUCAGAUGCUCCUUUCCUGUUGUCCAACGCAAUUGUUGCUGGUGUUCUGCCCAGGGACACGCCGCGGUGGUGGAUGAAAAGACGAAUGGGCGGGACGUGGCGAGACUUGGACAUUACAGACGACGCGACGGAUGAAUAUUUCCAUGACAAGCUUCGAAUGUCGAGGGCCAUCGGCGACAUUGUUGCGGCUUGCGCUCCAUUUAUCGACCGUAGACUAACGCACUACCGCGAGCCCUUGCAGACAGACCUUAUCAUCGCCUUCGCGUUAUACCGGUGGGCCACCGGGGAGACGUUUGAGAACUCUUCGUCGAGCUUUGGCAUCGGCAGGUCGUCCGGGGUGGCGACCGUCACGGACGUCGCCAACGCAAUACUGGCUGCAUAUCCAGACAAAGUCGCCAUGCCGACCGGCCGUCGUCUGCUGCAGGGGGUGUCCACAACAGGGUAUCUGCUUGGGGACAACGGGUACUCGCCGAGAACGUGGAUGGUGGUCCCCUACGGGGGGACCGACCAAGCAGGGGACAUCAGCUUGUUUGACACGCGGCAGAAGACGACGAGAGGAGUCGUGGAGAGGGCUUUCGGGCGUUUGAAGGGGAUGUGGAGGUUGUUCCUCCGGCAUCACAAGACGAACAUGGAUAAUCUGCCUCUGCAAUUUCUGGCUGUUUGUAUCAUCCACAACUUGUUGCCUGAGGCAGGCAUACCGUUCGACGACUCGGUCCUGCUCGAGCCGGACGAGAACGACAAUCUGGUUCGUGUCGAUCUGGGGUUGCAAGAUCCGGCACGACCAGUGUCGCAAUCGGGCGCAACCGACGCUGCCCUGGCUUCGCGUGACGGGUUACGUGUGCGAAUGAUGAAUUGAAUCUUUUGGUGUGAACCCGACGGUCAUGUGGGGUCUCCUUGCUUGUUUCGAUUACAGGGUUUACUUCUUUAGUCGGCGCCAGUCAAUCCU